AAAAGACAUUCAUUCAUUCAGUAGUCAGUAAUCAGGACUAGAUAGUCAGAAGUCAGUACUAAACACUUGCUUGGAAUCUAAGACUCUCUCUUUUCUCUCUCGAAGUCAGAAUCUGUCAGAAGAAGAGGAUCCGGGGGUUUGACAAAUGAAAUAAAUGGGUUAAAUUCUGUUAAGAAGUUGAAGAAGAAGAAGAAAGAAAGUAAGAAUAAUUAGAAAGAGCGAAUUGAUUAAGGAUGGUUAUGGAGUGGAAGAGUGAACAACAUCAACAUCAACAACAACAAGAUCAUCAUCAUCAUCAUCAUCAGAAUCAUCAGAGACUGCAGAAAGAGGAAGAAGAGAAAUUGAUUGUUAAUGGGGUUUCUCCAAAAGAAGGAUUAGGGUUAAUGUACGUGAAGGUGAUGACUGACGAACAAAUGGAGCUUCUGAGGCGCCAGAUCUCUGUCUACGCCACCAUCUGCGACAAGCUUGCUGAGAUGUUCAACUCCGUCACUUCCCAACAUGACUUCUCUGGACUGAAACUGGGAAGUCUUCACUAUGAUCCACUAAUGACAUAUGGUGGCCACAAGAUUACUGCAAGGCAGAGGUGGUCACCAACGCCCGUGCAGCUUCAAACCCUUGAGAAAAUUUUCGAUGAAGGUAAUGGGACCCCGAGCAAGCAGAAGAUCAAAGACAUAACCACGGAGCUCUGUCAACACGGCCAGAUUUCUGAAACCAAUGUCUACAAUUGGUUUCAGAAUAGGAGAGCUCGUUCGAAGAGAAAGCAAUCCACUCCAGCUCCAAACAAUGCGGAACCAGAAGUAGAGACUGAAACUCAAGAAGAGCAUUUGAAGGACUGUACAAAACCAGAAGAAGCAGAAUUCUGUGAGAACCCUGAUCCGAGGGAGGAUAAUGUCUACUUUCCAAGUCCUGAGGAGUUGAUGAAUUGGUCGGCUAGUGGAAGUGCCAUUGAGCUACAAGCCUUGCCUUCCUGGGCAGGAUUGGAUGUGGAUGAGCUGUAGCUGGGUCUUAUAUGUCCUCUUGAUGAUCUUUAUAGAUCUCAUGAAUUUGAGUUUGUAGGCAAUAUUUAUUUAGAGAGACUUCCUUAUUGAAAUAUUAUACCCAUAGAUGGUUUAGCAUUCACUGACAGUCUGC